AUGGCUGGCAAUGAUCUCGCUGAUGCCUACUACAGUAUACCUCGCAUUACCAGAUACUGGCUAACGGCUACAAUCAUCUUUUCUUUGAUUGGGAGAUUUGGAUUAAUCAGUGCCUAUUCUCUCAUUUUAAUUUGGAGCAAGUUCUUUUAUGACCUCCAGCUUUGGCGCCCCAUAACCGCACUCUUCUUUUAUCCCAUAACGCCUCAAACGGGUUUCCACUUUCUCAUUAAUUUGUAUUUUCUCUACUCAUAUUCUAUGCGUUUGGAAACAAGCACAUUCAGUGGAAGACCUGCGGAUUAUGUGUUUAUGUUGCUUGUUAACUGGAUAACGCUGACACUGGUCGGUUUCCUUCUCAAUAUUUACCUUCUCUUCGAACCCAUGGUUCUUAGUGUCAUCUACGUUUGGAGCCAAUUGAACAGGGAUCUCAUCGUUCAAUUUUGGUUUGGAACUAGCUUCAAGGCCGUAUAUUUCCCCUGGGUUCUUGUUGUUUUUAAUCUCAUUAUCCGCGGAAGUGCUACCAUGGAACUGAUGGGAAUAUUCGUCGGUCACGUCUACUACUUCUUCUCACAUCAAUAUCCUCUCGAGUACGGUGGGCCCCAGCUCUUGAGGACUCCCGAUUUUCUAUAUCGUUUGUAUCCGGUGGAGCGGAACUUCGCCUCCGGUUUCGGUGUUCCCCCACCUCGCAUGCGGAGAAGCGAUGAUACCUCCAGUCGCGGCUUUCCUGGACGCGUUCGUGAGUGGGAAAGAGAUGCCCUGCUUGAGAAAAUACUCUCCAAAUCCCGGCUGAUUCUCGGGUGUGGACUCCGAAGCGCCAAACCGACUGCUGAGCGCCAGGCCUUGAAGGUAAAAAGGCCGGGCCUUCAUCAGCAGCGCAUGAAAUUAUUGCGAAUGGAAUUGCAACAUCAAUCGCGAGAGGAAGCGGCCACUGUGCUAAAUUCCUCCUCAUUUCAGCUGACAACAAUGUCCACUGGACGAGUGCGGAACGACUGGCGAAGUGUUUGGUGA